GCGUCAUUUCUCUCUCUUCUAUUGCAUACUUUCUCUCUCUUCGCUCUUCAGAGCCAAUCGGACGACACGAGUUCAGCUCCGGCCGCCCCGUACCAGUGCAGGUGGUGGUGCUUUAUCGCCUACCAUUCGGAGGGUAUUGGUCGUUUUGUUGUGGCCAUGAACGCCGAAUCUGAAGGUGUAGGAUUCCCAUUUCAUUUCCCAUUCGAUUGACUUCAACGCGGCAAGAGGAGCCCCAACUGGUAUACUCAUCAUUAUUCUGUUUUCUGGGCGAAGUUCUUGGAUUUCCCUUUGACUAUUGAAACAUUAACCGGGGGAUAGGGUAAUUUCUUUUCUUUGGAAGAUUUGGGACAUUUCGUUCUUGGGCUUUUAGGGUUCUGAAGUUUCCGUGUCUUGCUGUAUUGAUUAUUGAUUUGGAGGAGGGUAACAUAGGUUUAGGGUUUUUAUUCUUGGAAGCAUUAUAUUCAAGAAGGACAUAUAUUGGGGACUUUGUUUCUUCCUAGGGUUUGCUUUGUCUGAUUCCGAUACGGGGAAUAUUGGCGAGGUUUAAAGGAUAAUGUGUAUACUCUGUGUGAUCCAGAAGUGGUCUCGCCGGGUUGCUACAAUGCUGCCUUGGUUGGUUAUCCCGUUAAUAGGACUAUGGGCCGUUUCUCAGCUUCUACCGCCUGCUUUUAGGUUUGAGAUUACUUCACCGCGGCUGGCGUGUGUCUUUGUGCUAUUGGUUACUCUCUUCUGGUAUGAGGUUUUGAUGCCUCAGCUGUCAGCUUGGCGUGUGCGAAGGAAUGCACGGCUCAGGGAGAGAAAAAGGUUUGAGGCAAUAGAAAUGCAGAAGCUUCGUAAAACAGCGACUAGACGUUGUCGGAACUGCUUGAAUCCGUAUAGGGAUCAAAACCCUGGUGGCGGUCGGUUUAUGUGUUCAUAUUGUGGGCAUAUUUCCAAGAGACCAGUUUUAGACUUGCCUGUACCACCAGGGUUGGGGAUUUCGAACUCUAAUAUUGUCAAGGAGUUUGUUGGUAAAAGUGGCAAGAUAUUAAAUGGCAGAGUUUGGUCUGAAAACGGAUGGAUAUGUGGUCAGGAUUGGUUGGAGAAUGGCAAUUGGGCUGGUGGGUCUGUUGCAGGUAAGCCUAGCGGCUGGAGGAUGAAUGAAAGUGGUCUUUUUGGAGGAGACGAGCAUAGCUUGACAGAUAAGUCGUAUUCUGGUAUUAUGUUUUUUUCUUGCAAACUUUUGACAUCAUUUUUCUUGAGCAUUAGAUGGCUCUGGAGAAAGAUUUUUAGAGUUAGUUCAUCAAGGGAGGAAUGUUCAUCUGAUGCUGAACAUAGGGCACUCUUAGCAAAACGGGGUGAGAAUGGGGCCAACCUUCACGAGAGCAGAGGGGAAAAAGCACGGAGAAAGGCUGAGGAGAAAAGGCAGGCUAGGUUAGAGAAGGAGCUUUUGGAGGAGGAAGAGAGAAAACAGAGGGAAGAAGUUGCCAGGCUGGUGGAGGAACGUAGGAGACUUAGAGAUGAGAAAAUGGAAGCUGAAAAAGAUCGCAGCAAAUCAUCACUUCCCACUAGGGAGAAGGAUAAUAGGAAGAAGCAUCAGGAAAGAAGGAAAGAUAAAGAUAAAGGGUCCAGUAAGAGCAACUCUGAUGUAGAAGAAUUGGAAAAGAAAUCUGGCAAGGAAAGUGUAUUGAAGAGGGACCUUGAUAAAAAGGGUGAAACUGAUCGUAGGGAGCAUCACAAAUCUGGGCUUGAGAGUGGGAAGGGGCAGAGUAUAGACAAUACUCAUAAUAAAAAUGUUGCUGCAAACAAUUAUAACCGAGGGAGUACUGGAACUAGGUACCUUGAUCGCAUGCGGGGUACUAUUUUGUCUUCUUCUAAGGCAUUUGGUUUUGGAAAAGGUGCUAAUACUCCUGCUACCAUGGUGAAAGAAAAUAAGUUCCUCAAUUCUGUAGAUCAUGCCCAUAAUGUUUCCAAUAGGAGAGAUUUAUGCCAACCUGAACGUCCAACAGCAAAGUCAAAUACGAAUGCAGAUAUUAAGAACAUGAAUCACACUGUCAUCCCAGAACAGCAGCCAUGGGCAGCUCCGAAAAAGUCAUGGCAGCAAUUAUUUACUCGAUCCUCGUCAGUGCGUCAAAAUUCAAAUUCAAAUGUGAUAUGCAGACCUAAUUCCAAAAGCCAAUCUGAAGUCAAAAGCCCCCAGCAGUCUGGCCCAUCAUCAUCUGCGCCAUUAUUUGAUAAUCCAAUCCAUUUUGGGCUUCCGUCACCAUUUAAUCUGUCCACUUUUCCAAGUGUACCAGCCAGCAGCAGUCUAGGUUUUUCUCCUGCAAUUGAACCCUUUUUCUCCCCAGUUGGAGAGGGAACUCAUGACUUUAGGAACGAAGAGCAAGAGCUAUAUGAAGACCCCUGUUAUGUUCCAGAUCCAGUGUCCUUACUUGGACCUGUUUCUGAGUCACUUGAUAAUUUUCAGCUAGACUUGGGAAGUGGCUUUGUGACAGACAUGGAAGUAGAAAAGCCUCACUGCUUAAAAAAUAUUACUGCUGGUUCUGAAGUUAAUAAGCCAUCUCCAAUUGAGUCACCACUGUCCCGAGAAAAGCAUAGCUCUUCUAAUCGAUUUCCAACUACCCCCAAGGCCCAGGAUGCACGUGCUUUUCCUUUGGAGGAUGCAACUACAAAUGAGAAGGGAACGUGGCAGAUGUGGAAUACCUCUCCUCUUGGUCAGGAAGGUUUAGGCUUAGUUGGAGGUCCUGGUGGCUGGCUUUUGUCUUCUCAAAGGAACCCAACAAACAAGGAUGACCUGGUGCAACCUCCAUCUCAGAAAACUAUGGCGUCUCUUUUCACCAAAGAUGAUAACAUUAUUUCCAGUUCCCAUUCUCCUCAAAAUGCUUUUCUUCCUAAUGGCCAGAGUGGUGGGACCUUCAGCCCUAUAACUGGUUCAAGUGAUUAUGAUCCUUGGUUACAGAAUGCUUUCUUUCCACCGUUGUCAGGCAGCCUUAAAGCUCAGGAUGGUGUAGGUCAGAGUGAAAGGGUAUAUGGGAGCACUUGUGGAUCUACUCCCACCCAUGUGCUUGAAGGUUCUUCAGCUAACAGUUGGUCCAAAAAAGAAUGGCCUAUACAUGGUUCUGCGGAAGGAGUCGGAAAGUCAUCUGUUGGAAGGCACCCCAUUGGAAGUCAACCCCCCGCGUCAGAUGUACAGUCUCUUUGGCCAUUUGAUUAAGAGGAUAGUAACAGGGCACGAGACUUGACCCCAAAAAAAAAAAAAAAGAGAGAAAAAACCUGUUCUCUUGAGGCAAAUAGCCUCCUUUUGGUAGAGUUUAGAAUUACUGGAUGCAUUGUAUCUUCCUUUCUUCUAUGUAAGGGAGAUUGAUGUUUACAUGCCUCGUAGCAUGGAUAGGAAUACAUGUUGGAUGCCUAUGCCUUUUGAGCCAACAGGUAACCAGGUGCCUUCCAUUUGGUUCGAGUAAUUUUUUGCUUCUUUUCUCCGAGGGAAGGAUUUCCCCUUUUUGAAGGCAAUGUUUCCUUUGGAGAAUUGAGCUUGAUGCGUCUCUGAUCUUUUAAAAAAAGAAAAAGAAAAAUGCAGCACUUGAUGUCCUAAUGAGAAAAUGAUACUAACAUAGGUCUCUGCUGAUGAGGAAAUAAAAUACAGCCCUAUCUCCCAUGCAUUUUA